AUGCAUGCUGAUCGGUGUAUCUGCAUUCAUUCAUCGCUGCAGUGCCUCGAUCUUGCUAUGCAAUCCCUCUUGCUGAACCAUGGUCUUCUGCCAUGCCCGCUAUCGCUAAUGCCUCCGACACCACCUCCGAGCCUCGUCAAAACACUGAAUGGGAUUUCUAAGGUCAGAGAAGUUCUGCAAAGCGUUUUUCGGUCGAAGUAUCGUCGCUCGAUCCGUGAAGUGGCUUUGUGCGUCGGACCGAAUCCUCAUCGUAUAGUUCAUGCCUAUAAAAUGCCAAUCUCAAUCUGCGACGCAGAAGACUCACGUGAGGAAUGUUGUGGCUCUCCUUGUUCUGAGCUGUCCGAUGUGGAAAAACGGCGAAUAAACCGGCAGUUAUUUUUGGUAAAUUUUUGCUUCUUAACUGCCUUAUACAGAGUCUCCCCAAAAAAUAUAUCGAAAGUUUGAUC